AUGCCACUUGAGCUCGAAGCCGCCAUCGCACAAUCUCAGUCCCAGGACGGACGCAUCGAGGACAAGGAAUAUUAUACAAACUUCCUUGAGCAGCUUCUGGGGUUGGUUCGUCAUGGCGACCAAGCAACCGUUUCUCGCAUGAUAUCUGUCAUCCGCUCUGGGGCCUCCCAGGAAGAAAUCCUCAGAACGCUAUCCGAAAUGUCGAACAACAACCGUCCCGGUCAAGAGGGGAACAGGGGUAACGGCUAA